CACGGAUUUAGGUGUAUCUAGAUUGUUUUGAGAUUGCUUGCUAGUACUUAGCCUCAAAUGGCUAAGUUCUUGCUGGAACAUACAGCCUUAAAAAUGCCGAGGUUACAGGACGGGCACAGAGGAGAUUUAAGCUCCAGCUGUUGAAUGCAUCGUUUGCUGGUGUCUUUUAUGAUACAGGCAACUUUUAAAACAGGAUGCCAGAGAUGACUGAAACUCAAACACCUGGUCGUAAACCCAAAAAGAAGAAAAACAAAGAAUCUCAUAAUGCAGUUGAGAGACACAGAAAAGAGAAAAUCAAUGCAGGGAUUAACCGUAUCGGCAGUCUACUGCCAUGUUCCCAGGCACUUAAACAGAGUAAAAACAUGAUAUUGGAUCAAGCUUUUCGGUACAUCACUGAACUAAAGAAACAGAAUGAUGCUAUGCUUUUGGAUGGAGGAGAUAAAGUCCAAGCGGAGGAGAUCAGUCGGCUGCGGCGUCAGCUGGACGAACUGAGGAAAGAAAGCGCUCACUACAUCGAGCUCCUCAAAGCUCAUGACAUCAACAUCCUAGAGGAUCCCACAAUCCACUGGAAGGGCAAGCAGCGCUGUGCCAAGGUGGCAAAGGUCACCCCAACUCACCAGCUCCCGAAGGGGAUUAUCGUGUGUUCCAACAGCAACGUGAAGGGGCCUGCAGGCAAACAGACGAGCCCAGGGCAGCAGCCUUCUGAAGCAUUAAUCCUGCAGCCACCAGCCGAGGCCAGGUUAAGAGUUAACGGAGCGCUGCUGCAAGUGAAAACACCCUCCUCCGCCCCUGCACUUCUCCCGGGGUCAGCCGCCGCGCCCACACAGUGUACUCCCAGAGUGGUGGAGCAGUGUGUGGUGGAGACGCCGGCGGUGGCCCCGCCUCUGCCACCUUCCGUCUCCUACAUCGCCCUGCAGAUCCCUGCAGCCACCACAUCCCUGCCUCAGCGAGCGCUGACCAUCCCUGCAGCAGCGACAUCAGCCUCACAGCCUCCCACCGAGAGCGCUGCUCCACCUGCGUCCACCCAAACUGUAACCAAACCCACGUCAGAGGUUUGCUCUCUGGUCACACAGAGCGCUGCUGUCAGGACUGCUUGUUACACGGCCGUCCCGAGCAACCAAGCCCUCCUUAGAGCCGCAGGCAGCACGCAAACUACCUGGACCACGCUGCAGAUGGCAGGGAACACCGUGCAGCCGGUCUGUCAGAGUCUGCCCUCCCCAGAGGUCAGCAGCACCACCCAAGCUGUCCAGCAGGUGACCGUGUGCCCACUGGGCGGCAAACCCUCCGUUUGUCCCAUCCAGAUCCAAAUGCAGCCAAGUCACAUUCACCCUCUCAUAAAACCCACCCAUCUACAGCCCGCUGUCCAGAACCAGCCUCAGCCUCCGUGUGCAGUUCUCCCUCAGUCAGCCAUAGUCCCACAGCCACAUGUGGUGGCUCGGCCCGCCGUCAUGUCCCAGCCCCAACCCGCUGUUCUUCAGCCAGCUUCGUUAGUCCCUCACCCCCCAGCAGCCCUCAUCCCACAGCCUCAGCCAGCUCUGGUGCCCCAGCUGCCCCUCCUUCAGACCAUGCAGGUGCUGCAGGUCAACCCGGCUGCAGCAGCGGCUCCAGGCGUAACGGCUCCUCAGAACACGAACAAUCCAAGUCUGGUGAUCCUGCAGCAGGCCAGCGCCUGCCCCGCCCAGCCGGUGGCGAGGGAGGAAAUGACGAACCCAACGCCUUGUCAGCAUAUAGUGAUCAUCCAAGCCCCCAGUCAAGCUGCGUCCGCUCCUCAGAACCCCCCGGUCGGGCUGGUUCCCGCUGCGUCCACUCAGACUCCUGCUACGAGCAGUCCGGUGUCUGCGCCUCCGUUACAAAGUGUCGGGGGGAAGCAGCUGGUGCACAUUCUGCCUCGCCCCGUCCAGCCUCACGUCAGCCAUCCCCGACAGGUCAGCCAGGCCUCCAGUUCUCCACCAGUUCCUGCCACCCCUCAGACCAUCACUGUGAACGGGCAGGUGUUCGCCCUGCAGCCCAUGAAGACUUCUGACAAAUCCGGCUCCCAGGGUGGCCAGACGACCCUCCAGCUGGUCCAGCCCACCACAUCUGAGGAACCAACUACUAACGUGGCCCUCAACAGUUUAGGAGCCCUCAGUAGUUUAAACCAGAGCAUAUCUCAAGGCCUCCCUCUUUGUAGUCAGAACGGCUGCCAGCCUCUUCCUGCUUCCUUAUCAGCAGGACAGCAGCAGCCUCCUGCUCCUGCAGCCACUGUCGUKCUACCUGCCCAGCAGCUGCAGGUCCCCUGCCUGAACCCAGUCACCUCGGGGCCAGUGGUUAACGCCUCUAAGCCCUCAGGGAAGAAGCUUCGCACAGUUUUACACACAAAAAGAGCAGCAGCUAAAAGGACUAAAUCUGCCAAGAAGAAGGAGCCAAAUCCUGAGGCUGCCGCUGUUCCUGUCCAACCUGCUGCUGCAGAGAGCCAAACGGUGAAAGUUACUUCAUCUCAGGUUUUACAGCCGUCACCUGUCGAAGUAACAAAUGCUCCCCCAGCAUGCUCUGCAGCUGCAGAAACCAGUGAAGCUUUAGGCUGCGCUGCAUUGGCUCAGGACACCAAGCAGCUGGUCGUGUGCAGUUCGUCUGGCAGCGCUGCUGUUAGUUCAUCACAGGAGGAAAGCUCCGUCAGUGCACCUCAAAGUGAGUCAGUGUUCAGUCAAACUACCGCGAGUAACACAACAGCUGCAGCUACAGUCAGCGAAACAUCAGGCAAGCCUUCAAACAGCUCCGCUUCAGCCGCCGAGAUUAAACCAACUACAGUUUCUGGUAACGUCUCAGCUCKAACCAAACCCUCAGAUGUUAAACUGAACUCUGCUGCUACAACAACUACCACAACAACUACCACAAUAACUGCCACAACACAAAGUAAGUCGGUCGUCACUGCUGUCGUUUCUAAACAAAACAAACCUGGGAGCACUUCUGCAGUCGUCACAGAGACUUGGCACACGUCUGGAGAUUCUGCUGCGUCUUCCAGCAAGACUACACCCACUGCACCGUCCUCUGUAAGCCAGAGUYCCCCCGCAGCCUCGCAGUGCCUCCCCCAGGAGUCUAAGGUUCCAGACCCACUGGCUUGUAGCAAACCAGAGUCUGAGCCUGCCAAGUUAGCUUCUGUGUCUCCAGCCGUGGUGCUGUCCUCACCCGCAGCGGCGUGCUCCGCCCCCCACAGCACCGCCGCAGCGAGUUCAGAGUUCAGGAAGAAGACCGUCGCUCCGAGAGCUCCGUCGCAGCCGACCGAGGUUCCUCCGUCGCAGUCUCCUUCACGCCAGCCGGAAGUGAAACCGUCGCAGGCGGUGAGCGGCGACGCUCUGGGCGAGAGGAGCUCCACAUCAGCAGAGAAAGAGAGCUUCGUAGCUUCUGAAGCUACGAGAAAAGACUUCUCGUUGCCCCAGCCUGUGUACACCAACCUAGACGACCAGGCUUUGGAGAACCCCGUGACGUCCAGCAGGCAGAGCGAGUCGCCCUCCGCUGCGGGGGCYGCGGGUGGUCGAGGGUUUUCUGUGGCUUCAAUGCUUCCUCAGGGCCAGAGCGUCGGUGCCUCGUCGAGCUCCUUCGGCACGUUCACAUUCACUUCAGAACAGGCCGAGAUGCUGGCCUUGGCCAUGCUGGAGCAGGACAGUCCUGGGAGGAGGAGCGCAGGCUGCUCUGGGGACAACACGUCUUCAGCCACGUGGGAUGCUCCCAAACCCCCACCGGGGUCUACAAGCAAAGACCGGGGCUCAGCUGGGCAGCAAGCUAAAUCGACCAAGCCCACGGAGCCGGGAAGAGUCGCACACGUCGAGGGGUCCGUCAGUCGGCCAAACGGAAGCAGACAUCCCCCAAAUGUUUCCUACUCACAGCCUCCUCCUCCUCAGGCUCAGAGCUCGGCUCAGAGCGGGACGGCAGCCAGCCUCAGCGUGAACAACCUGAUCCGGCCCAGCUCCAGCCACCAGCCCUAUCCCGCCUCCCCCAGCCUGGCUGCUCAGCAGGGCUCCUCACCUGUGGGCGCCUCGGCUCACAUGUCCCAGUCCUCCAACAAGUCCCUGUCACCCUGUUCAGGCGCCGCCCACGUGAUCGAGUACACCACCUUAAAGACUUCGUCGAUGAGGACUCAGCCUGGAAAUGUUGCGGCCGAGCGACAAAUGAAGAUCAUUCCCAAGAGGCAGGCCCAGGAGGAAGUCCUGUUAAACCCAGGGAAACGACCCAAACCUUGCCCUGCCCCGGUGAACCCCGUCAGCCACAUGGAUGUCAAAGCACCAGAGCACGGUCAGAUGAUGGUGCCGCUGCUGCCGUCCUCCUCUUCAGCCGUGCUGACGAGGAUCAGCUCUGAAAGCGCAGGUCCUCUCUUCUCCACGAACUCCUUCAUGAGUCCAGCCGUGCGCCCCGUCGAUGGCCACUGCCCUUCUCAGGGCCCCGCAGAGCAGAAUCAGUCAGGGGCGCUCCAGGUGCCUCAGGGUCAUCCACAGCACAUCGGGAGCCAGUCUGGUCAGCAUCUGGGCGGGAACCUCUACAUGAAGCAGCAGCAAGAGCAGCAAAGACACCACCUGUACCAUCUGCAGCACCACCUGACACAGGCGGACGCCGCACAGCGCCACUCGCUGCACCAGAGGGCGCUGCAGCAGCAACAAGAGCAGCAGCACGUCCACAAAAAACGAGGGAUCGUCCGAGCCGGCCAGACCGGCUCACCUGCCGGGCUGCAGCAGAAACACCACCUGGAAAAGUCUGGAAUUCAGCAGCAUCCGCAUCAACAGCCUCAGCUUCAACAACAGACCCAGCAGCAUCCGCAGCAGUCACACCAACAACCACAGCAGCAUCAACAACCCACACAACACCAACCGUCUCAUCAACAACAGCACCAACACCAACAGCCUCCUGCACAGGCUCAGCACCAGCAGCAGCAGCAGCAGCAGCAGCAGCAGCAGCUACAGCAGCAGAGUGCCCACUCCAGACACACACAGCAUCUGCAGCAGCAGAUCCAGCAGCAGCACUUCAGACACCAGGAGAAAACAUGUGAAGCCCAGUCAGUGGGAUCCAGGGCCCACCACAGCAGCCACAUGACCCAGCAGGACCACCUCAAGCCGGGUCAGGACCAUAACGCUAUGCAGAGGAUGAUGAGCUCGCGGAGCCUGGAGCAGCAGCUCAUCUCUCCUCCCAGUAAUCCUGUGUCUCGUUCCUCUGAGCUGGCCUGCGCUCCGUCUCGUCAGGAGCGUCAUCGUAUUUCUGACUACUCCGCCGAGGCGCUCCUCAGUAAAAGCUCCACGAGCGGCGAGCAGCAGCAGCAGCAGCAGCGCAUCCCGCUCCAUCUUCAGCCCGGGCGCGGCGGCGGCGGCUCUCAGGAUCAACCCGACCUCCGGGGUUACCUGGACACAUCGCGAGGGAAGGCCGGCCUUCCUCACAACCCGCAGAACCGCCUCCCACCUGAGCACUCAGGUGACGCUCAGCGCGGGCCGGAGUGUCAGCCCUUCAAGGCCAUGGGGGGUGGAGGGGGGACGCAUCAGCUCGGCGGGUUCGAGGCUCAGGUCUCACGCGGGAACGACAUGGCGCCCAAGUCGGCGGCGCCCUCCCAGAGGGGCCUGCAGGGGCCACAGCAGGGGGGGUUCAGGAUGAGCGUUGGACCCGGAGCAGAUGGAAGGAACCGCGGGGGCUACAGCGGAGCCCACCCGGGCCCCCAGGGAGUACAAGUCCAGGAAGGCUGUCACCAGACCUUCAUGCAGAGCCUCCUGUCCCCCCACCUGCCCGAGCAGAACCACCACCAGCGAGCGGUGCAGUGCUGCCCCCCAGUCAGCAUGGAGUACAGCUGCGUGCCCGGGACCACCUCAGGAGACAUUCAAGUCAAGACCUCCAGCCCGAGCGUGCCUCAGUCUCAGAAGACCCCGGCCAUGCGACUUGCAGAGAGCAACAAGGCCCACAUUCCUCAGGUCAGCAGUAACAUGCACACAGGCCCCGGGGUUCGAGCAGGUCUGCCCCCCCACCCCCCGACGCCACACAGCGCCUCAGAACCGGGCCGCCCCUCGGCCAUCUCCAGACCGCCCGCCGCUGUCAGCCAGCACUCGCGUCACCUUCCUCGAGACGCCCAGCCCACCAAACUGAGACUCAGCGAGCGGCCCCGACCCGGCGCUCUGAGACCGACCAACCCCUUCGAGCCCGAGGGCCACCUGCCUCUGCCCUCAGGGGGAGGGGUGCUGCUGGGCCGCCCGCAGUCCGGAGGGGAGCCCAGACGCAGCACCAUCGUACGCUUCAUGGGAGACGGGGGCCAGGUCCCCGGUGACAACAACCUGGUGUCUGAGCAGCACCUGACGCAGAACUUUGGUUUCCCCUUCAUCUCAGAGGGAGGGAUGAACCCUCCCCCCACCCUCAACACCAACUCUACCUUCAUCCCUCCGGUCAGCCAGCCCAGCACCUCCAGAACCCCCUCCCUUCUCCCCGUGGAGCCCCAGAACACUUUACCCUCCUUCUACCCGUCGUACUCCCCAGCGGCCCACCCCAGCCUCCCCAGCGACGUCACGCUGCAGUACUUCCCCAACCAGAUGUUCCCGAGUCCCGGCACGGACAAGAGCAGCGCGCCGCCGCUCAACAACCGCUUCGGCUCCAUCCUGUCGCCGCCUCGCCCCGUGGGCUUCGGUCAGGCCAGUUUCCCCUUGCUCCCGGAGAUGCCCCCCAUGCCGUCGUCGGGAAUCACCCCCCACAUCUCCAACUUCAGCCUCACCUCGCUGUUCCCCGAGAUCGCCGCCGGCAUGCCGGCCGACGGCUCGGCCAUGCCCAUGUCUCCCCUGCUGUCGCUCUCCAACCCCUCRUCCGCCGACGCCGGCAAGCAGCCGAACCGUCCCGCCCACAACAUCAGCCACAUCCUGGGCCACGAYGGCAGCUCGGCCGUGUGACUCCCGGGCUUUUCCUGAUUUGAAAUUUGUAGUUCCUUUUUAAGCGGUGAAGCGUCUAAUUUAUUGUUUACAUGUUCAUUGGUUCAGUUCAGAAUGAUUAUGAUGUCUAAGUAAUUCUAAAAAAAGGAAAAAAAACUUUUUGUUUUGGGAGAUAAAGUAACUUGAGUUUUUCAUUCAAACUGGUUGUGAGGUAAUGUUUAAGUUCAGAACUUGAAUUCUUUGUAUUUGAAUCAUAAAGUAACUUUCUGCACAGUUACUAAUGUAAUUUACUAACUUAUCAGGUUGUACUGUACAGAAUCUGUUUUUUGAGAGGCUAUUUUGUAAAUAUGAAUGUUUCAUAUGAAGAUUGCUAGAUUAUGUAUUUGUAAAUACAAAAUUGAUAAAUAAAGUUUAUAAUGAGACUUUA